AUGGCUUCGUCUGCACGACGUCCCGUCCGCCAGCGUAAGGCCAAUCCGAAAUACGCCAAUGAUGGCUGGGACAAGGAGACUUUGCGCAUCCUACGCGCAUCCUCCGAGUCAUCAGGCUCCAGUCCAAAUGAGAAUCUAGUAUCGAGAAUUGGCAGCGAAGACAAAGACCCGUCCCUUGAAGGCGCCGGUGAUCUUUCCGUGGUUUCCACCGCGCCCUCCCAACCCUCAGAGAUUGAGAGCCCGAGCGAAGAAGACGACGACCUGAGCCUGUCUUCUGAAGAUGACACCACGACAUUAAAACAUUCUCGCCACAACCCACGCCCACAUCUGUCGAGCAGGACCACCACAUCGUCACAUUCUCGAGGCAUCCCAUCCGGGCGAACGCAUAGUUCGAAACGUGGCAGAUACCAAAAGACGUAUGGACCCGAGGUGCAAGACUUGUCCGAUGUCAUUCGUGCCCGAGACAUCUGGCUCAAGGGCCCCGACGUGACACUUCCAAGUCGCAUCUCUAUAUCUGCUAGCAUUGAGCAGUCUCGGUCAUCAACCUCCAGCCGUGUCACUACCGACUAUGGAGAGUAUGUUCCGGGAAGUUCAGAGUCACCGGACAAGGUUCCACUCGCUCAUAUGAUGCGCAGGAGCCAAGUCCUGCUCACCAUAGAAAAACAAGGCCUUCGGGCGAAAUACCUUCCUACGCCUGCAGUAGCUCAUUCGGUCGUCCUGGGCCCAUGGGGGAGGCAAACAAAGAUUGAUCUCGCCCAUCUCUCUCCUUUGGAUUUUGGCCAAGCGUGGCCGGCCGAUCCAAAAGAAGAGGCCGUGCAACAAGAGCAGGGUUCAAGCUCUUUUCGAAAUCGUCGCCGUCAUGAAGGCUGGCUGAUCAACGUCGGUGAAAGCGUGCAAUGCCUCGCAUGGGCCCCAGUGAGUGGACCCAUCCAAUAUCUUGCCAUCGUUACUCGAUGUACAUCUCGCCAGCGCCAAUCUGUUCCGGGUGAAGUGGGUGACCGACCAGCGUUCCGGCCCUCUCCUCCAUACCCAUCAAGUAUCCAGAUCUGGGCUUUUGAGACAGAAUCGACUCGAACUACUGGUGUCCGCACACUAUCCUUCAACGCCAAACCACGCCUGGCUUUAGUGGUCGGGACGGAUUGGGGCGACAUUCGGCGUAUCAAGUGGUGUCCGUCUGCACAGACAGGGAAUACUGGACACACCGGUGGUCGACCAGACGUACUUAUUGGGCUGCUUGGUGCAAUUUCGACCGAUGGCUAUGCAAGAGUUUUGGCUCUGAACAUGCCAGAAGAACCCAACUCCGGGUCCCCAAUCAUUGUGAGGGCUGAGCAAGCUGCGAUCACUGUCGCGCCUCCCGUGGACACAAUCUUCACCAGCCUGGCCUUCAUGGACCCAUCAAACCUGGUGGUGGGCGCGUCGGACGGAUCGAUACAAGUCUUUGACCUCGCCUCACGCGGCAAGGACGGCAGAAGCCUCACGAGUUACCUCAGACAACAAGUGCACAACACAUAUGUCACCUCAAUCUGUGCGGCUUGGCCAAGUCCUUGCUCCGCCUUCAUCGCAAGUAAUUCGGCUUCUGGCGAGUUGGUGAUGACGGAUCUACGGAGCCCCGACCAGGAUAGAAUUUCCAUUCCAAGGGCAUGUUUUCCCCACCGCGACCUACUUUUCUCACCUUUGACACGCUCAUUCAUCACUGGGCUCGAUAGGGCAGGGAACACGCACGUUGAAACACACUCGGCCACCUUCCUUGUCUGCCAUCACAUGCGGCAGUUCUCCAGCGCGCUGAGGAUAGCCAGACUGCCCGAACUUUCGGGAGCGGCAACGGCCCUGGCAAGCUCCCCUUGGCAUCCAUGCAUCUUGGUUGGCAAUGCUCGAGGUCAGGUAUUGUCAACCAACUAUCUGCGAAAAGUCCUGCCCUUCCGAAGAGGCGAUGCAGGCAAGGCUGCAAAUGCUUACUUACAAAAGAUAUGCGAAUAUGACUGGCGGCCACUUUCGGCAGACGAGCUGGGUGGGGACUUGGUUCCAUCGCACGAACGGAAGGAGCUUGACCUGUACCAUGGCCGGGGACUAAGAGCAGGCGUGUCUCGCUUCAACGAAGGCUUCAAACCAGAGAGGAUUGAGGUUGCGUCCAUGCCAUCGACCAAAAAGAAGAGGCAGCAGAAAGACAGCGGAGUGGUGGCGGAGGCAGUUUUCGAGGAAGAGCAGGCCGUCACCGCCGUCGAUUGGUGCCCCAAUGCCUCGUGUGCAGGGUUGGCGGCCAUUGGCUGGGGUAGUGGGAUCGUUCGAGUCCAAGAUCUUGCUCACGAUCUGACAUGA